AUGAACCGCCCGUCUCGAACAGAUGAGCCUUACGAGGAGGAGGGCUACAAUCAGAGCCCGAACCCUCUGUCUAACGAUUUGACCACCAACGAGGACCUCAACGGGACCGUCAAUGCGAGAGCACUGGAGCCGGGAGAAGACGGAAAAACUCUCCCGGGGGCCGGUGACGUUGGUAUAUCACGCUCCGAGACCGACUGGGGGAAAGACGGCGUUGGCCCGGCGCCGAGCGGCGCCGCGUCGGCCAAGUCAGUUGGACUUGGUCAACCCGUGGGAGAGGAGGCCCUCUCGGCCCCUCUCCCUCCCCUUCACUCACGCUGCUCAUCUCCCACUGGAGGAGAUGACACUCAAACGCAGCGGAGCAUCUUUGGUCGUGUCAAGAGUGCUAUCAUAAAGUUCGGUUCUUUCAUCGGGCCUGGGUUCAUGAUCUCCGUCGCGUACAUCGAUCCUGGAAACUACGCAACAGGCGUUGCUGCGGGAGCGUCCUACCGCUUCAGCCUGCUCUUUGUCGUUCUUCUGGCCAACCUGUUCGCCAUCUUCCUCCAGAGUCUCUGCACAAAGCUCGGCACCGUCACCGGGCUGAACCUGGCUGAGGCUUGUCGGGCGUUUCUGCCGCGGUGGAUGAACUAUGUUCUCUAUGUCUUUGCGGAGGUUGCCAUUAUUGCCACCGACAUUGCAGAGGUAAUCGGCUUCGCAAUCGGCCUGAACCUCCUCAUUCCCGCGAUACCCCUGGUCGCAGGGUGUGCCAUCUCCAUCCUGGACGUGAUGAUCAUCCUCAUCUUCUACAGGCCGCAUGGAACCAUGAGAGGGCUGAGGAUGUUUGAGUUUUUCGUCAUUGGCCUAGUGUUGGGCGUGGUGGUCUGCUUCUGUAUCCAGCUCUCCCUGAUCAAGGACACGCCGGUGGGGGAGGUCUUCCGAGGCUAUCUACCCUCACAUGCUGUCGUCGAGUCGCAAGGUUUAUACCAGGCCUGUGGCAUCCUUGGCGCAACAGUAAUGCCGCAUAGUCUGUACCUCGGAUCAGGGAUCGUCCAGGCCCGCCUACGGGACUACGACACGAAGAACGGCUUGCUACCCCCUGAAACGAACGAGCUCGACCUCAGUGGUGAUAGUAUCGACAAGGGCUACUACAUCCCAUCUGCAAAGGCCAUAAAGCACUCCCUCAUGGCCUCGACGGCCGAAUUGGGAUUCUCACUCUUCACGUUCGCCCUCUUCGUCAACUCCGCUAUUCUAAUCGUCGCGGGUGCCUCACUUUAUGGGAAUAAGGAUGCCCCAGAUGCGGACAUCUUUAGCAUCCACCAGCUUCUCACGGACUCCAUCUCUAAGGCCGCGGGCACAGUCUUCGCCCUGGCCCUUCUCCUCUCCGGAAUCUCCGCUGGAAUCGUUUGCACGAUUGCCGGGCAGAUGGUAAGCGAGGGAGCGCUGAACUGGAGGAUGCGUCCCUGGCUGCGGCGCCUCGCGACUCGCAGCAUCAGCGUCACGCCGAGCAUAGUAAUCGCCGGUGCUAUAGGUCGGGAGGGCGUGAGCGACGCGCUGAAUGCGUCGCAGGUCGUGCUUAGUGUCGUUUUGCCGUUCAUCACUGCGCCCUUGAUCUACUUUACGUGCCGUAACAAGUACAUGACGGUCCGUGAUGGCGCGGCCCGAUUCCGGACCCCAUCGGAUGAAGAGACAUCGGAAAACACGAGUGGCAUGGUCAAGAUGGCGAAUUCGUGGUACACUGCUGUUUUCGCUGUUCUGAUCUGGAUCCUUAUAGCGGCGAUGAAUGUGGCCAACUUGGUUCUGCUGGGAAAGGGUCAGGCAUGA